CCGCCUUGAGCCCCCUGUGCUCUGCUGAGGCUCGGCUUCUCCUGCGUGGCCCUCAGAGACUCUCUUCCGCGACCCUCACGCUCUCCCCUCCGCGUCUCACACUUUCUGUCCUCCCGGACCCCUUAUGGUCUCUCCUCCCCGACCCUGCUUGACCCUCCUGAUUCUCCACAGCGAGCCUCGUGCGUCCACAGACACCGUCCCCUGCUCUGACGUCACAGGCUGCAGUUCCAGCUCCUCUCCUGGAGGAUGAGGCCAGCUAUGACUCUCACCCGGGGAAACCUUCCACCGAUUCAGCACCGCGCAGACGAUGCAAUCAGAGCUUCUGUGGGGGUGACGUGCGGCAGCGGCUCCAGACAGAAAGUCGCUGUAGGAAUUUCCCCUAGAGGCAAGCCCAGCCCAGGUGCCAACAUCGACUGCCGAGGAAGCAUGGCAGCAAGAGAGGUGAUGGGGGUCCUGGGACAUGGGACACAGCAAGUUUGGAUCCAUGCUGUCUGGGGUAACGGGUGCCAGGUUCUAAAAAGUUCUCCAGAAAUGUGCAAAAAUGUGAAUUGUGCCAAAGAUUCAGCUCUCUGGAAGACCAGAUGCCCUGGAGAUCUCUUCUGGAGCAGAGACAGUCCUUCUGUAGGACAGCAGCCCCAGGAUUCAGAAGACAAGGGGAUUCAGAAGACAAGGGAAGGCCUCUCCUGGGGCUCCAGCCACAGCGAGGAGGUGUGGGGGAAGGGCACAGGAACGCCCCAGAACUGCGGGCGAUCGACAGUCAGUUUAGGUCUUAAGACUACAGUUCCCCGGAGGAAGAGGGAGAUCCGCCUCCAGACGGCCUUCAGACUCAGGACUGCAGCACGAAGUCUUCCCUGGGUCUCCAGCCCGCCGGCCCACCCUGCAGAUUUGAAACCAGCCUCCCCAGUCGUAACUCCACAAAUACACACUGUGGCCCCGUUCCUGGACCUUCUGACCCCACUCCCACAUGGAGGCCAGGAAGGAUCAGUGCAGCCCCGGGUGUCAGCCAACGUGCACGGUCCAAGGUUUGUGUCGGCUCAUCCAAGGGCUUCGUCCCUCCGUGAUGAUGAAUGUCGCUUCGACGUCAAGGUGCCUUCCCGGGGUGAGGACGGUUCUGCAUCUCCGGCGGCCUGCCCACGGGAGGGAUGCUCUGGGGACGUCAGCUGUGCACCCUCUGCCAUUUCGUCUCCUGCCUCCCCCGGGGGCGUGCAGCCCUCCGUGGUCCAGCGGAAGCGCCAUGCGCUCCUGUGAGCUGAGGACCGAGGCUCGUUUUCUCACGUGGGCCCAGGCCGGUCCACACCCGCUCUGUCUGAAAGGCUCAGUUGGGAAGCACGAGGCAGGUAGGGGACUUGACGGAGUUGUAGCCACUUAGACACCGUUCUGCGUCUGAUGCCUACCAGCUAGCUGCUCCCAUGCUCGGGAAACACACUCUGCUUUUCAACGAGAAGCUUUAGUGCCCCGUCAACACGGGUGACUCAGUUCUUGCUAAGCAUGUUAACUUUAUCAGCAUCCUGUUCACUGGAAGUAGAACGUCUACCACCGCACUCCCAUUACCCUCGUUAGCCAAGGCACCCCAUGUGCGUACUUCGUCACGGGUGGACUCUGUCCCCCUCGGUGCCAGACGCUGCUGGUGCAGUUGCCGAGCCACAGACUCCUUCCUGACAAAGGCUUCCGCAGGUUACUUGGGUCCGGAAGCCGUGUGUGUACAAUUGCUGUGGCUGCCGUAACACUCUGCCCUCUGGCCCCCCAAGAUCAUAUGGUCACCUUCUAACACCUGGGGCCUCAGAAUGGAGCUGUAUAUGGACAGAGGAUUUUACAUCUGAAAGUGAAAUGAGGUCAUUAGGGUGUCCCCUCAUCCAAUGUGACUCAUGUCCUUAUAAACAAAGAAGAGGACACACACACUCCCAGAGGGAUGACCGCGAGAGGACACAGGGGAAGACAGUGUCUACCUGCCAGAAGAGAGGCCUCAGAAAGACCCAACCGGGCUGACACGCUGAUAUCAGACUUCCAGCCGUCGUGUUUGCUGUGACCACCCAAGCUGACUGACGCACCACAGGGGCCCAGGUGAUCCUUUACAAGAAGUAUGGGCAGCACAUAUACCCCAGAUGUGAUGAUUAAAAUGUAGGAUUCCAUUUAAAAUUCACUUUGAAAAAAAUAAAUAAAAAAUAAAAUUCACUUUGAAUUAA